AUGAUGGAGGAGUGUGCCACAUCAGCUUGCCAGGGUGGAUUUCAAAUACCAAGAAAAAGACAUAAAGAUGAUGUGGUGCUUGGCAAAUGGUGCCGUUACUAUGCAAUUAACAGCUGGCAAAAGCUGUUCACUCUUCAAGCUCCACUGGGCACCCACUACACUGUCACACCGUUUUCUUUAAUCAAUUUCAUAAACCCUUGCCACCAUGGAGUGUGUUGUUGGAUGGAUAAAGAAGGUGAUGGUGGCGAUCCAGCUGUCAUUGGUAGUACAAGUUUGAAAAGCUCUGCCAUGCACCUUUGCAAGCUUCUCCUUCGACAAUUCAUGGCAGCAUCGCAAGCACAGCCAGUACACAACACUCGCUUUGUUACAAUCUUGGGGCACCCCUUGUCGCGUCUUCCGAGCUGA